GCGCCGCUCUCGGUGAUCAGGAGGCGCUGCUGGAGCAGAAGGAGAAUAAAGCUGGGACGCACAUGGCUCGAUGACAUGAUGAUCCGCCCCCGUUCCCUUCCCCACUCCAUCUCUCUCAUUCCUGUUCUCCUACGACUCCUCCUCCUUCUCCCUCCUUCUCUCAUCUCCUCUUCCUUCUCUAACGCCCCAUUGAGCUGGACCUCGCCUCAUGAGCCUUGUUACCACCCAGAUGGCCGCCCUCGUCACUGCUUGUCGGAGUUCAUCAAUGCUGCAUAUGGGGUCCCUGUCAACGUCACCCACUCUAUACACGGACCUGAUAAUAACCCCAACAUCACCACACUAACGGACCUGCACAACCCACAUAACAUGACCUGCUGGAAGGCUCGCACAGGUGCCGAAAGUGGCGACCUCGUCUUUACUCUACCUCUCGGCCGCCGCUUUGAGGUCACCUACAUCAGUUUGCAGUUCUGCAGCCAGGGGGAGCCGUCUGACCCCAUUUCCAUAUCCAUUCUCAAAUCCAUGGACUAUGGCCGCACCUGGAGGCCAAUGCAGCACUAUUCCAGCAACUGCAUAGAGGACUUUAAGCUACCCUCUCAGACCAUUGCCCAAACCAGACACCAAGAGACAGAGCCGCUCUGCUCAGACCCUAGGCCCCUACAGAGACAGCGGGGAGGGACCGUGCUUGCCUUCUCCACUUUGGAUGGUCGUCCAUCCUCGCCUGAUUUUGAUUAUAGCCCCACUCUCCAGGACUGGGUUACAGCCACGGACAUCCGGGUAAUCUUCCAUAGAGCUUCCAACAAUGUAAAGGUGGUAAAAUAUAUGAAAGAAGCUCAAUGGUAUGAUGGUGUGCAUGACGCAAAACAAACUGGGAACCUGAAGUGGAGAUCAGAUAUAAAGAUUGACAGUGGAGAUCAAGUGGACAAGUUAAGACAUAAUACACUGGGUUUUUUGGACAGGGACAGAAAGAACUCAGAGAUAAGCAGGAGGAAUAAAGAGGAAAAGGGGGAUCGUCAGCGUAGAAAGGACCACCGCAAAGGAUCAGGUCAUGUUCAAGAUGGCCACAAUGUGACCAGUAAGGAAGGAGAAGAAACUUUUGGCACCGACUUACCGGCCUCUCCAAAGAAAGGUGGUAAAGCCAGAAAGCAAACUCGCAACAGGGAAAAUAAUUUUUGGGCCUCUUGCCCAAGCGGAGACUGUAUUUGGACAGUUGAAGGGCGGAGCAGAAGCAGCAGUGGACGGGAACUGAGGAAGAGGAGGAACAACAACCAAAACAACAGACAAAACUUCAGGAUUCCCUCACCAUCUAGCUUGGUUGUUCCCGUGCAAGCUCUGGCCAUCUCUGACCUGCAAGUCGGUGGGAGGUGCAAAUGUAAUGGACACGCUUCUAGGUGUCGCCGCAACGAUAGAGGGCGCACUGUGUGUGUGUGCGAGCACCACACGGCUGGCCCAGACUGUGACGUGUGUGAGGAUUUCUAUGUUGACAGACCGUGGCAUCGUGCAACACCCACUCACCCAAACCCCUGUGUUGCCUGUGAGUGUAACGGCCACUCAAACAAAUGCCGCUUCAGUAUGGAGGUGUUCCAGCAGUCGGGCAGGAAGAGCGGAGGCGUGUGCCUGAAGUGUCGCCACCACACGGCAGGGCGCCACUGUCAGUACUGCCAGAACGGAUACACCCGUGAUACCAGCAAACCACUCAACCACCGCAAGGCCUGUCAACCAUGCCAGUGCCAUCCUCUGGGAGCUGUAGGCCACUGGUGUAACCAGACAUCAGGUCAGUGUCUGUGUCGAGAAGGAGUGACUGGCCUGAGGUGUAACCGCUGUGCUCCGGGAUACAAACAGGGCAAGUCCCCUCUGCGGCCCUGCAUACGAAUUCAGGAGGUUGCUCCAACCCCAGUGUACCAAACUCAGCACAGCAUUGCUGAAGAGUGUGUGUCCUAUUGCAAGCCUUCUGAGCUGAAAGUCAAGAUGAACCUGGAGACGUAUUGUCUCAAGGACUACGUGCUGAAGGUGCAGGUGAGAGGGAUGGAGCGCUCUGGUCCCUGGUGGCAGUUCUCCAUCUCCAUUCAGACCGUCUUCCGGACAGGCUCCAACUCCCGCGUCCGGAGGGGCCUACAAUCCCUCUGGGUUCCCGACCGUGACCUCAGCUGCGGCUGCCCCGCCCUCCACGUGGGUCGGACAUUCCUCCUCAUCGGCGCAGAAGAAGGGGAGCGGAGUUGGGCUCCAGGAGAGAGUCGCCUGGUGGCGGAUCGCUCCACACUGGCCCUUCAGUGGCGGGAACACUGGAGCCCCAAACUCAGGGGCUUCCGGGGGCAGGACAAGAGGGGCCGCUGCCCCCAAAAAUCUCCAAACAGCCAGCACCCUCGGAGUGGGGAGCACACAAAGACACAUUCUGCUUACAUCCCUCCUCACCUGUUGAGCGGGACAGAGGCCAAUCCUCAUGGUGACAAAAAACACUCUGUGAACUGGGAUGAUCCUCAGACCGGCACCAACCGUGACCUUACACCCACAGAGGCAGCAGCCUCUUCCUCCACCCUCACACCAGUGUGUUCCACUCAAAGUCCUGAAUGAAAUAAAAAUGUACAAUUACAAAAAGGACUAUGGUAACAUUUCAGGGGGUCUUGAUUCUUUGCUGAAGGUUUUAGUGGAAAACUUGGACUCUUUUGUCCAUUUUGAAGAAAACCCAAAGGAAAAUCUUCACACAUUAAAAAAAGCAAACAUCUGGUUUAGCUUUUAACAGCUGUUGUCUGAAUUUACGCGAGGGAUGGUCAUGCUAUAAUCCUGCAGAAAACUACUAAAAUUUAUCGAUGACAAAACUAUUACACCAACAUGAAUGAUGCUUUAAAAUAGUUCAAUGUUUUUAACCCUUUAAAGGACACACGCUGAAAGUAUAAGCUGUAUAUUUCCCUGCAUUUUCUCUGUUUUUGAUCCGAAUAUUUUAUUUAUUAGUAUCGUAGCGAAAAUGUGGGUACAAAAUAAUAUAGAUUGGCCAUUGGAGGAAAAGAUUUCAAAAUAAAAGCCUUCUCAAAGGUAGAAAACUACAUUCAGGGUUUAUUAUGCUUUUUAUAUUGUAAAGAAAUCUUGAUAAUGUUUGGUUGAGUGAUGAAAAAUAAAUGUAGAUUCAUCCAAAACUUUGUUUUAAAUAAGUUUGUUUCCUACUUGUCUGUAAUUUGACCUAAUUUAGCAUUAUAAUUGGAAAAAAAGCGCUCAAACCUACUAUCCAAGCAGCGACUAAGAAAAAUUGAUUUAAACUUUAAUGUGUUUCCGUACUAAACAGGCCACACAGCCAAGAAUCUACAUCCAGCUUUCUGAACGUACACUGCUGCCCCUCAAAUAGCCGUUUAAGGUAGCCCAGAUACAGAUCUUUAAAAGCAUCCGUCUGACUUGUCGUCAUGACUUCUGUUCCCAUUUGGCCGAUAUGGCGUCAUGGCUCUUGGGAACUGGUGGAGGGGCUUAUUGGACAGAUGCAGGAGCUCCUAUUUGUUGAGCUGAGGCCAUGUUUUGGCAGCGGCGGUGUCAAGGAUUGGCUGUGCUGCCCUGUUGAUGCUUGUGAUUGAAAAUAAAGAGAGAAAAAUAGACUUGCUGAUUGAAGACCUUGCAGCAGAGCAUACAGCACAUCCUGACUGGGGGUUUGUGUCGCUGAGAGACUCACAUUUUCUUAAACUAGCUGACAGAUAGUUGUUUAAUUAGAUGUGUACAGUAUUUUAAGUUAUUGCUUCACAAAACACUUUAGUAAAAAUUGCAGUUCAUUGAGUUUAGUUAGAAAGUUUUUUGCUACUCAUACACAUUAUGCAUUGUAAAAUAUUUUUUAUACAAACUUUAAAGCUUUUUCAGUCACUCUUCUACUCUUUCAUUGAAGGAAACCAAAGCAACGGCUAAGUAACCAAGUAGUUAUUUACUACAUUUAUAGAAGAAAAAAAAAGUAAUUAUUGUUGUCACUUGCCACUUUUGGUUUAUGAUGUCUGAAAAUACAUUAAUACCCAAGUUUAGAGUUACCGCUGAGGCAAACAGGACUACUGGAGGAAAGCACGACCACGCAGAAGAAAUUGCUGGAGGAUUUAAGUUGCCACUUGUCGGCCAUUUUCUAAUCUGUGAUUUAAAAAAAAUAAUUAAACUACAGUACAAGGCCUGCAAUAAAUGAAAUAAAAUUAUCUGCACACACAAAAAA